UGGGGUAGGUGUGCAAGGGGUAGGUCAGCUGGCAGGCCCGGUGACAGGAUGCCGUGUCCCCCAGGACCGAGUCAAAGGCUUCGGCCGCUGCAGUCCCCGAGCCUCCGGCCAGCGCCAUGGUCAGCAGCAGCAGCGGCGGGAGCCCGAGCUGGGCCUGGACCCAAAGCUUCCCCUUUGGCGCCGCCAUCUUGUCCCCCUCUGUCACAGCCGCUCGGCUUGUUGCUGUUUUCUUUUCAGGGCUUCUCCUUCUUCCGGGCCGGCCCCUUUCCCCGCCCCUCGGGCCGGCGCUUCCGACUCCGCAGCUCCUCGGCUCCGCCCAGGCCCGCCCAGGCUGCCGCCUCCCGGCCCGCCCCUGGGACACAGAACCUCUCCUGGGCGGGCUUGAGGACCCGGCCAACCCUCUCGCCAGCGGCGCCGAGAGGCGCCCGCCCCCUCCUCCGUGCGAGGCCAACUGGGGCCUGUAAUCGCCGCAGCCCCAGCCGCCGCGCGCCUCGCAGUGCGUUCUGGGAAGUGUAGUUCUCGUGAGUCACCACUGAGGAACUGGGCCCCGGGAAGAAGUGUACAAAUAAUUCCGAAGCGUGGCUGGACUCGGGGUCUCAAGGGUCAAGAGACCAAGCUGUAGGCAGGCUGGUUUUCCCGGUGGAUCUCACGUCGAGGUGUGAUUUGAUAACCCCUUUCCAAGCCUCCGAGUGCCUGGGGAAUACAUCUCAAUUACCUGAAGGUAGUCGGAGCCCCCAACAAUGGAUAAAUUUGUCGUUCGAAUACCUAGGACCCAGAAUAGCCCGCAGAAGAAACAGCUCGGAGGAAAGGUUUACAAGCAAGCCACGAUUGAAUCUUUGAAGAGAGUUGUGGUUGUAGAAGACAUAAAAAGAUGGAAAACUAUGUUGGAACUUCCUGAUCAAACCAAAGAAAACCUAGUUGCAGCCUUACAAGAAUUAAAGAAGAAGAUACCCUCCAGGGAGGUGUUGCUAUCGACGAGGAUAGGUCACACUGUGAACAAGAUGCGCAGGCACUCAGACCCAGAGGUGGCAUGUCUCGCCAAAGAAGUUCACACCGAGUGGAAAACUUUCUUUGAAAAACAUUUGGAUAGACCUUCUAUUGAAGUCCGAAGUGAUCCAAAAACUGAGUCGUUUCGAAAAAACGCCCAGAAAUUACUCUCAGAAGCCUUGGAAUUAGAGAUGGAUCACCUACUGGUUGAAAAUAUUGAGCGGGAAACGUUUCAUCUCUGCUCCCGGCUCAUUAACGGGCCAUACCGGAGGACGGUACGAGCUCUGGUCUUCACAUUAAAGCACCGAGCUGAGAUCCGGGAGCAGGUGAAGAGCGGGGCGCUGCCGGUCGGCACGUUUGUACAGACCCACAAAAAGUGACCCGAGGGCGGGCCCAGCGCUGGGCCUCGCUUCGCCAUUCAAAGACUCUUUUUGAGUUUGGGUGAUGUGGCUGUCGGCUGCGCUGGAUACUCCCAUGGUGCCGUUCCUUCAGACAGACUGUGGGGAGCCCUGGGAGAUGGGCCGGUGGGUGGGAGCGGCUUCAUUAGCUGCCUUGAGCAGGCGCUGCCUGACGGGAUGCACAGGGCUGUCACUAGGAAGCGCCAUCCAGCUGCCAUCACCCAACACAAUGGAAGGGUGACAAGUUUCACUGUGAGCUUGCCAAGGACACCUCUAAACUCCCCCAUGUCAGGCAGAUGAAGUUACCACUUUAUUUCGCCACCCUGCAGGUAACUGAAACUCAAUUACUGCUGCUGCUCCCUCGGUUCCAUCCCCCUGAGUUUAGACAGCUCCGAUGCCUCUCAGAACUCCCUUGUCUGUUCUCUUUGCUCAACCCCAGGGGUGAGCCCACUGGAGCCUGAGACCAUCCCUGCUUGCCAGCGCUCACUUAUCUGAGCCUUUCAGCUCUCCCUGGAAGACCUUAGGGGAUGGGCUCCUGAGCCCCCAUGCUGAGGCUUCUAAUGAGGAGCUGGCCUGAAGCUUCCUGCACCUCGGGUUUAUUUGAAUACAGGCUCUGUUGAAGAUGCAUAAUGAAAUUUCUCUUGCAGUGACUUACUGCAGUAGGAAAAGAUGCAUGCGUGAAGAUUUUCAAUGAAAUAUGUCUACACAAGCCUGCUUGGGUGAUUAUGUAAAUUGUACUUGCUCUUUAAAAAGUGAUAAUAAACA